AUGGCCGAUGCCGCAACAAAACUCAAAGAUCUCACCCCUUCUGCCGUUCACUCAGCCUACGACUUGAUCAAGCCGUAUGUUCAUCGCACUCCACUUCUCACCUGCAAGACUAUCGACAAAAUCGCCUCGACCCCUCAAUCCCCUGAGGCCUUGGUUGGAACUCCCUUUGAAGGCCACACUCCCGCCCAGCCCAAGUUUCGUUUCUUCUUCAAGUGCGAGAAUUACCAGCGCAUUGGCGCUUUCAAGGCCCGCGGUGCCUUCCAUGGCUUGAUAAGACUUAUCGAGGAACUGGGUGAAGAGGAAGUUAAGAAGCGCGGUGUGAUUACCCACAGUUCCGGGAAUCAUGCUCAAGCUCUUGCUCUCGCUGCCUCGACCCUCAACGUCCCCGCAUACAUUGUCAUGCCUGAGAUCUCCACCCCGUCUAAGGUCUCUGGUACGCGCUCGCAUGGUGCAGAGGUUAUCUUUAGCGGGUCAACAAGUACUGAGCGGGAGGCUGUCGUGGCGGAUGUCCAGGCCAAGACGGGUGCGCUUAUGAUUCCGCCGUACGAUGAUUUCAAUAUCAUAUGUGGCCAGGGCACGACGGGGUUGGAAUUGGAAGGACAGUAUAUAGAGACAGUCAGGGAGAAGCCGCAUUUGAGUAUCCACCAGGGCUCGGAGCCUAAAACACUCGAUGCUGUGAUUACCCCCGUUGGUGGAGGAGGUCUCAACGCUGGCGUUACGACAUACUUUUCCGAUAAACCGACUCGGGUAUUUGGCGCGGAGCCUAGCUUUGAAGGCGCUGAUGAUUGCCGUCGGGGUCUGGAGGCUGGUGAACGCAUUACUACGGUGAAGUCGCUGACUAUUGCGGAUGGACUGCGCACGCCUGUCGGAGUGCUGAACUGGAUGGUGAUUUCGGACAAGAACAAGGCCGGUGGUGUCUUUGCUGUGACGGAGGAACAGAUCAAGGCUGCUAUGCGGCUAGUCUUGGAGCGAAUGAAGGUCGUUGUUGAGCCGAGUGCGGUGGUUGGAUUGGCGGUUUGCCUGUUCAAUGAGGAGUUUAGACGACUGGUUGAGAGCGAGGCGAAGGAUGGUUGGGAUAUGGGGAUUGUCUUCAGUGGAGGGAAUACCACGGUUGAAAAAAUUGGAAUGUUCUUCAGCUGA